AAAAAAAAAAACAAAUUUAGUCUUCAUCGAUCCUCUUUGUCUGAAAACCUUUCGUUCCGCGAUUCAUCGGCGUUUUCCUUAACCCUCGACGACCUCUCUCCGAUGUCAUUCCCACAGUCUUCAGCUUCCUCUUCAUCAUCAUCUUCCGCCUCUCAGUACACAUACACUUCUAACUCCUACUAUUCCGCGCCUUACCAGCCUCCACAGCCCUUCGUAGCUCCGUCGCCUGCUCCAGCGCCUCCGGUUGCUACCAUUCCCGGAGCUACCGUCUAUCCUCAGCCAAUUGGUCCCGUUCCCGCCGUGUACUCUUACCCUCAGUAUCAGGCGCAUCAGUUGUUUCAGAGAGAUGCACAAACCAUCACACCAGAGGCGCUUGAGAAUGUGAAGGCUGCUUUGGCUAGUAGCGAAACAGAACACAAAGCUGAAACUAAGAAGAGAGCUAUUCCUCGUAAAGCUGCUGGACAGUCUUGGGAGGAUCCUACUCUUGCUGAGUGGCCUGAAAAUGACUAUCGCUUGUUUUGUGGUGAUCUUGGGAAUGAAGUAAAUGAUGAUGUUCUUUCCAAGGCGUUUGCUCGAUUCCCCACCUUCAAUAUGGCCAAGGUCAUCAGAGAUAAGCGGACUGGUAAAACCAAGGGUUAUGGGUUUGUGAGUUUUUUAAAUCCUGCUGAUCUUGCUGCGGCCCUAAAAGAAAUGAAUGGUAAAUAUGUUGGGAAUCGUCCAAUAAAAUUAAGAAAGAGCAGCUGGAAAGAGAGAACAGAUCAGGAGGCUGCAGAAAGACAAAAGCAUCACAGCAAUAAGAAGCAAAAGACAGUGAAGAAGAAGAGUGUACUCCACAAGUGAACAAUAGAUUGCAUUUUGAAGGCUUAUAUGCCAAGAAAUAAUAGAGGGUGUUUGAACUUUACCUUUGAUAUUUAACCAAUUGAGUUGGAAUAGACUAUCAUCUUAUAAGAAAGAAAAAUUAAUUAAACUUGAAUUUAUUUCUUUAAUUAUUUGAGGAUUUAUAUGUUGUAAAUCUUUGUGCUACUAGUAUUUUACCUUUUUGAUCUGUUCUACAAUGAUUAUCGAG